GCGAUGCCUAGAAGAAAUGAGAAUCUGAUGGCGGUAACCGUAUUUCCGAUCGGACGGCUGAUAUUCAAAGCUAGAAUCUUCUAGUCCCAUCUAUCGUCCCUCUCUGUUCCCGAAUAUAAAAUUCACACCGCUUCAUCCCCCCCUGCAGUUCAACGUGAAAUACAAAAGCUGGGAAAAAAAGCUCUCUGAAAAUCCAUCAAAGCUUUCCGAAUCAACAAUCCGUCGUCGUUAAGCUUACCAGAAGUAAUGGCGGGGAAAGGAGAAGGGCCGGCGAUCGGAAUCGAUCUCGGAACGACCUACUCGUGCGUCGGAGUUUGGCAGCACGAUCGCGUGGAGAUCAUCGCCAACGAUCAGGGGAACCGGACGACGCCGUCUUAUGUGGCGUUCACCGACACAGAGCGUCUCAUCGGCGACGCCGCUAAGAAUCAGGUUGCUAUGAACCCUACUAACACCGUUUUCGAUGCUAAGCGAUUGAUUGGAAGGAGAUUCUCUGAUCCAUCUGUUCAGAGCGACAUGAAGCUCUGGCCAUUCAAAGUGAUUCCUGGCCCGGGGGAUAAGCCCAUGAUUGGGGUGUCAUACAAGGGUGAGGAGAAACAGUUUGCUGCAGAGGAGAUAUCCUCAAUGGUUCUCAUUAAGAUGAGGGAGAUUGCUGAGGCUUUCCUUGGUUUGUCCGUGAAGAACGCGGUUGUGACUGUGCCUGCUUACUUCAAUGACUCCCAACGUCAAGCCACCAAAGAUGCAGGCGUGAUUGCUGGGCUUAACGUGAUGCGAAUAAUCAAUGAGCCGACCGCGGCUGCCAUUGCUUAUGGCCUUGACAAGAAGGCGUCGAGUUCGGGCGAGAAGAAUGUCCUCAUCUUUGACCUAGGCGGGGGCACUUUCGAUGUUUCCCUCCUCACGAUCGAAGAAGGGAUUUUCGAAGUGAAGGCCACAGCUGGUGACACUCAUCUUGGUGGUGAGGACUUUGAUAAUAGGAUGGUGAACCAUUUUGUUCAGGAGUUCAAGAGGAAGCACAAGAAGGAUAUCAGUGGGAACCCUAGAGCCUUGAGGAGGCUAAGGACAGCAUGUGAGAGGGCAAAGAGGACUCUUUCCUCCACAGCCCAAACAACCAUAGAGAUCGACUCCCUCUACGAGGGGAUCGACUUCUACACCACCAUUACCCGCGCCCGGUUCGAGGAGCUCAACAUGGACCUCUUUAGGAAGUGCAUGGAACCCGUCGAGAAGUGUUUGAGGGACACGAAGAUGGACAAGAGCAAAGUGGACGACAUCGUCCUCGUCGGCGGGUCCACUAGGAUCCCCAAGGUACAACAACUCUUGCAAGACUUCUUCAAUGGGAAGGAGCUCUGCAAGAGUAUCAACCCGGAUGAGGCGGUUGCCUAUGGUGCCGCAGUUCAAGCCGCGAUCUUGACCGGCGAAGGGAACGAGAAGGUCCAAGACCUUCUCCUUCUCGAUGUCACCCCGCUGUCUCUCGGCCUUGAGACAGCUGGUGGGGUCAUGACGGUUUUGAUCCCGAGAAACACGACCGUCCCUACAAAGAAGGAGCAAGUGUUCUCCACGUACUCCGACAACCAACCCGGCGUCUUGAUCCAAGUGUACGAAGGGGAGAGGACGAGGACCAAAGACAACAACCUCCUCGGCAAGUUCGAGCUCAGCGGCAUCCCCCCAGCCCCUAGGGGGGUCCCACAAAUCAACGUGGUCUUCGACAUCGACGCCAACGGCAUACUCAACGUGUCCGCGGAGGACAAGACGACCGGCCAGAAGAACAAGAUCACGAUCACGAACGACAAGGGCAGGCUGUCCAAGGAGGAGAUCGAGAAGCUGGUGCAAGAAGCCGAGAAGUACAAGUCGGAGGACGAGGAGCACAAGAAGAAGGUGGAGGCCAAGAACGCCUUGGAGAACUACGCGUACAACAUGAGGAACACAGUCAAGGACGAGAAGGUCGGCUCCAAGCUCCCCGCCGGAGACAAGAAGAAGAUCGAGGAGGCGGUGGAGCAGGCUAUUCGGUGGCUGGAUGGGAACCAGCUUGCGGAGGUGGAUGAGUUUGAGGACAAGAUGAAGGAGCUCGAGGGCAUCUGUAACCCCAUCAUUGCCAAGAUGUACCAAGCGGGUGGCGGCGUCGGCCCCGAUAUGGACACCGGGAUGGGCGACGCUGCCGCCCGUCCCGGCGGCGGUGCCGGUCCUAAGAUCGAGGAAGUUGAUUGAGUGGAUCUGAGUUUGUAACUGUGAGUGUCAUGUCUUACUGUUUUGUUUUGUAACUUUCUAGUGUUUUGUAAAAUGAGCUCGAAGUUGUAAUAAAAAGAGUGCCUUUUC